AUGUCAAACUUUUCUUUCAGUUAUGCUUACGAUAUGGCCGGUCCAAGGUUGCUUAUGGAUUAUUCAGGAAUCGCAAACGAUUUUUCGUUUUUCUAUUAUGGAUCGCUUUUUAAUAGCCGAAUGAUCGACAUGUCGGAGCGAAUCGAGAAAAUGGAAAGGCGACAAAAAGUGACACGGAAAGAAAUGAGUCAAAAAGCGGUGAAAUGUGUGGACGACGAA